AGGCCCGCUGCAUCUGGGGCGCCAUCAUCAACACGUGCCGAGACAUCGUCCGGCAGGCCGUAGUUCGGUUCGACCCCAAGGACGUCGAGCUCAAGGCGCGGGUGACGCGCCUGGUGUCCGCUUACCCCCGCUCCCUGAUCUACCACCUGGGCGAGCGCACCGAGCUGUCCGACCGGGUGCUGGAGAAGAAGUACAGGAAGAUCCUGGCGGACCGGGAGACGGCGAAGCUCCUCCGGAGCACGCACAAGCCCAUGACGGUCACCGGCAUGCUGUCGGACGCGAUCCACAGUGCCAAUCUGCCUGUCAUCGACCAGAUGAAGCUGGACGAGGACCUGACAAAGUUCUCCGACUACUACGGGAUGUGCGAGCGCAUUUUUAAGACCCCCAUUCCCUUGUCGUACACAAGGCUGACCUCCAGAUUCCUCUUCGUCUGGAUGCUGGCCCUGCCCUUCGCGCUGUACGGCGCCAUUACGCCACACUGGAUCGUGGUCCCCGUCUCGACGCUGCUGGCCUUCUUCCUGUUCGCCAUCGAGGAGAUCGGCGUGCAGGUGGAGGAGCCCUUCUCGGUCCUGCCGAUGAGCGCCAUGGCGGACGGCAUCGACGCGAGCAUAUUCGAGUGCUUGCGACUGGACCAGGA